AUGAUGGACAUAGAAAUGACUUGUUUUUAUGUCUUUAUUCACGUAGUUUGUAUUUUUGCACCAUUUUACUUUAAUUGGAGUGCAUUUUGGGUUACUUUUGCAUUAUAUAUUAUUACUGGUCUCUUUGGUAUUUCUAUUUCGUAUCAUAGAAAUCUUUCACAUAGAAGUUUCAAACUUCCCAAAUGGCUCGAAUACUUGUUUGCUUAUUGUGGGGUUCAUGCACUCCAGGGCGAUCCAAUCGGUUGGGUGAGUACACAUAGGAGUCACCAUCAAUUUGUUGAUACAGAAAAAGAUCCACACAAUCCUAUUCAAGGAUUCUGGUUUAGUCAUUUUACUUGGAUGUUUGAUUCUAAUGCUUUAACUAAAAAAGUUUGUCCGGAGUACUUUAAUGAAUUCAAAGAGAUAAAAAGCAGCGGUUGUGUAAUUGUUGGGAAAUAUGGAAGACCGAAUAAUGUUGGCGACUUGGAGAAGCAAUCAUUCUAUAGAUUUAUUCACAAAUCGUAUCUUCUCCACCCCAUUGCUCUUGCAUUCCUACUUUAUGCUGUUGGAGGAAUUCCAUUUCUUAUAUGGGGAAUGUGUGUGAGGACUAUAACGUAUUUACACCUAACAUUUAUGGUGAACUCAGUAUGUCAUAGGUGGGGAAAGCAACGAUGGAAAACUGGCGAUUUGUCUAGAAAUAAUUGGUUGGUGGGUUUGCUUGUACUUGGAGAAGGUUGGCACAAUAACCAUCAUGCCUUCGAGUAUUCGGCUCAGUUUGGACUCGAAUGA